UGCCGUGGUCGGUCCUGACCCACACGUUCUCCCGCCCAAUUUCCUCGCAAAAUCAUUAGCCGCCCCAGCUUUCCUCUGAAUUCCACACGCAUUGAACCAUAUAUAAACUCCCCCAUUUCUCGAUGAGCUCGUCGAUUGGUGAACACAACAUCAUCAACUACCAACCCAUCCAGCAGAAUCUAGUUAGUUAAUUAAGGAGUAGUGUGCUAACUACGACUUGGAAGAAGAAGAAGAAGAAGAAGAAGAAGAAGAAGAAGCAGCAGCUGAGCUCGAUCAGCUCGUCAAUGGCGAUGAAGAAGCCAGAUCAGCCAGCUCUUGAUCUUCCCAGUAGCCUCUCCACUGUCUCCUACUGCUGCGGGGCGUGCGGGUACGACCUGAAGCUGAGCUCGUCGGCGAGGGACACGGCGGGGAUGGUCGUCGCCGGCGGCGGCGGGGGAUACCGGAGGCGGCGGGGGGUGGUGAGGUUCGGCGCCAUCGACGACGCGAGGUUCGGGCACGUGGACGAGUUCCGGUGCGUGGACGUGCGCGCGCGCCGCCUCUUCACGCGGCGGACGCGCCUCCUCUGCCGCAAGUGCGGCGCCCACGUCGGCUUCGCCUACGACGACCGCGCCGCCCGCUCGCCGCCGUCGUCCUCGCCGCCGCCGCCGCGCUACGACAUCAAGAUCCGCGCCCUCCACCCCAUCGAGGCACCUCAGCCGUCCGAUCUCUGAAUCAAACGAAGCUUCGCGUCUCGCGACUGAAUUAUUGGCGCAAGGAAGUCGCUGUCCGAAAUGCAAAGUCGCUGGAUUUGAUUGCUUGCAUCGAACGAAAUCGAAAUGUACAAAACUUCUAGUGGACAGGGUCCCUUUCUUGCCAUAUUUUCUUCCUCUUUUUUUUUGAAAAAGUAAAUGAGCUGAAUGAUAUUUUCCUCCUCUCUUUUUUUAUGUCAAAAGUAAAUGGAGUUGAAUGAUUGUUCUUGACUUUU